AACAUCCUAUGUCUAGGGGUGAGUAUGUGAAGUUUCACGGCGUGGUAGUUGCUACUCAGCGGGCUAAUUGUGGCCGGAAGCAACCAAGCGUUAUCUGUCGCACGGAUGCAUUUUCUAAGAUUAUUGCUGCUUUUGAUGAGUCAAGGAGAAGUUGCGUUAGGAAAAUGGGUUUCGGGGGGAUGUUGGAUUUGAAAAUAUCCAAGCUACCUAGGCAGCUGUGCUACUGGCUGAUGUCCCGGUUGGAUGGGGGUAACAGUUACCUUGUUGGAGGGGACGGCCAUGUGUUGCCGAUAACUGCUUCCCAUUGGGAAUAUGUAUUCGGAUUCCAGAACAGCGGUCUUCCGGUGCCAGUGAAGGAGUCUGAUCUUCCUCCAGGCACCCUUAAAGCGAUGGCCCUCAAGUAUGGUGAAAAGAAUACAUCAACCUCAAAGAGCACAAUAAUCAUAGCAAAAUCUGUAAAGGAAUUGGCAGGGCCGGUUGACGGUGAAGGAAAGAUAAAGCCCCUGGCUAAUCAGCGUGAUAGGGCCUCGUUCAUGGAAAAUUUCAUGAUUGUGUUGCUGGGGCAGAUUUUAUGUCCUUCUACCGAUGGGGGUAACAUGUCUUUAAAAUUGCUAGGUGCAGUUUCCGUGGCAAAGAAUGCAUCACUGUACAAUUGGUGUGAGUUUUGUCACACAUGGCUUUUAGACUACGGAGACGCUUGUCAGCGGAAGAUAGACCAUCAGGGGUAUGCCGCUGGGACUGGUGGUUGUGUGUUGUUUUUGCUGGUGCGUCUAUCUUACUGAAAUAUUUAAUGUUUU